AUGGCUGAAAAUAUUCUGCCUAACUAAUCGACAACUAGCUUGAUUGUUAAUUCAAGACUUAUUCACAGACCACCUUAGAGUAUUCCUAAGUUUUUAGAAAAUUUCGAGGAAAUACCUUUAAGAGAAAAGAGGGAUGAAUAAAAUUAGAAUUUUUAAAAUAGUAAUACAAGAUCAUAUGAUCAAAAUCACUAAACUAAAGACAUUAGUCUUAGUAAUUUGUAAAUAAAUUAGUCCUUUGAUAGUAACAGAAAUGCGAUGUAUUUACGCUCUUCUUAAUAAAAGAAGAAGAUUUUUGAAGAAAAUUACUCAAAUACUUCAAAAUAAAAUCCAGCUACUGCAUCAGUUCAAAAUUACAAAAGACACAGAACUUUUAGUACUCAAAUUUAUGAUUAUGUCUAAACUGAUAAUAGCUUUAAUUAGGUCAACCAAAGCCUUAAUGUUUAAUCUUUUAAUUAGAAUAGAAUCCAUUUAUUGUCAUUCUAAGACGAGGAAGUAAUGCCAUAGAUAAAUAUUUAGUCUGAAAAAGAUUAGCAAACGAAGAUAAUUUAAGAAAUACUUGCAAAUUUCAAGUAGGAAAUAAUGAAAGAAUAAUCUAACGCUCUUGAUCACUUGAGAUAUUUUGUGAAUUCUAACGAAUAAAAAAUAUCUUAGCUCACAGAUCAAUAGAUAAAAAAAUAACAUAUAAAUUCUCCAUAAGUCACACUUUCUAAAUUAAAUUAGCUUUCAUAAAUAAAAUAAGACAUUACUUAAAAAAUUUAGUAGCAGAUUUCUUCUUAGAUAGGUGAAAAACUAUUGAAAAUAGAAGAAAACUAAAAUACUCUCUACGAAUAUAGUAAAAAAAUUAAAUAAGACCUUGCUAACUUCUUUAAUGAAUCCAUAAAUAAUGUUUUUGAAAACACAUUCAAAGCUUAGAUUGAAUAAAAAAUAGAUUCAUUUUAAAAUUAAAUGCAAGAAAAAAUAAUUUCUUUUGAGUCUUAGUAAAGCACCAUAAUUAGUUAAUAAAGCUAAGAAUCAGGGUAUAUAAGUCUAGAAGCUGAAAAAAAGCAAUAAGAAUUAAAGGAAUUGGAGAAUAAAUUUGAUAGGAUAAAAUUUGAUAUGGAUUCUAUUUGUAGCUAAAUUGGAUAAAAAGCUGAUAUUUAAACACUUUAAGAGUAAUUUAAUAAUAUUUUUGGAGAAAAAGUAGUUUAAAUAAAUGAAGAUAUUAAGUAAAUCAAUGAUUUAAAAGAGGAGUAGAAAUAAUUUCAACAAAAUUUGAUUUAAAUGCAAAUAAAAAAUUUAGAAAAAGUAGAAAAUAUUUAGAAUAACUAUUAAUAAUUGGAGUAGGAAUAAAGUUAAUUUUAAGAGAAUGAGAUGGUUAGCUAGUAAUAAUAAAAUAAAAAUUAAUUUAUGAAAAGCUUAGAUGGUUUAAUUCAAAAAGUGAAAUAGCUAAAUUAAUUGCACAAGAAGCUGAUGGAAUAAAAAAAACAAUAUGAAGAUAAUAUCAAAGAAAAAUAAACAAGUUUAAACAAAAAUGAUGAAUUUUCUACUGAUAGACAAUAAUUUAAAGAAACAAGUUUGGAAGGAGAGUAAAUUCAUGAUUUGAUAGUUAGUUAGAAUGACUUAGAUAAUUUUAUUACAAUGACUAUUGAUGAUGAAAAAAGAUAAUAGACAAGAGAACCAAACCCAUAUAGGAAAUCAAGUAAACUCUAAGACAGUUAAAUUAUUUAGAAAGAAAUACAAGAGGAAAGCAAUUUAUUUAGAUAUUCUACUAUUAAUUAGAAUGAAAACUAAAACUAACUUUAGGAGAUUCACAAUAUUUUAUCUAGAAACUAAAAUGUGGUCAGCAAGCCUCCGAAAUAGCAGCCUAAAAUUGUUUUUAGGAGAAAAAAACUAAGUGAAUCUAAAGUAGAGUCAUAUUAAAAUGCGACUAACUACAAUAGUUAGGUUGAGUAACACAACGAGUUUCCAAACUAAGAAAUUUUAACAUUUAAAAAUGUUAUUCCUUGCAAAGUAGUUAAUUCUUUACUCUCUUCACCUUGUGGUGCAAAUAAAGAAAUUUUAUUUAAUUCACAGUAAAAAAUAAUAAUGAACUAAACAAACUAAUUUAGCAAUACUAAAAAUAGUUUUAGGCAGUCUUUAGAUAACUUUGCAUAUUCAUCUUCUAGAAAAGUUUAAACAUAAGAGAAUUAAUCUCCUGGGAAGGAAGAGUAAACACAACCAAUUUCUUUGAGCUAAUAUUAUAAGCUUUAAAUAAAUAGGAGAUCUUGUGAUUUUACAUCUUAUUCUAAAAGUUAUUCUUAUUCAUAGGAAAAAAAUAUUAUAAAUGCAAACACAGUAGAUAAAUUUAAUUGUGAAGAAUAUUAAUAUAAGCCUAGUUAAAGAAUAAAUACCGUUCCUAGUUAGCCAGAAUCUAAUUCUAUAUUAGAUGAAUAUGAUAUAUAAUAAGAUUCAAGAGGGUUAGAUAAAAGAUCUUUAACGACUGAAGUUAAAUCAUCAUAUCUAGAAAAAAAAAUAAAAACUAUUACUUAAGAUAUCACUAAACUGCCAAUAAAAUUCCCUAAAUAAAAUUAAAAAUAACCUAUACUGGUAGGAGUAGAUACACCAUAAGAAGCAAAGAGCGAUUUAAAGAAAAGAAUAAUAGAUCAGAAGCACAAGAAAGAAGGCAACAAAUAUUUAAUACCCUCUAUAAAUCUAAACAACCUUUAAAUUUAAAUUUAAGACUGA